CCUGUUUAUAUGUCUCUUUUGUUACCGGACUACAGCGUACAUUGCUACCAUGUCAACAGUCAAUACUCAACGGAGAUUGUGUGCUCUUAAAGCUGUGCAGACAAUACCCUGGGGUGUCGCGAGCUCGAACGCCCGAGAAGCGAACGCAACAAGCCUGCGAAUAAUCUCCAAAAUAAUGGCUAUAAAGUAAAAAGCGAACACACAAUACUAGUACGUACACGCACCACAUACACAAUCAAUCAUUCUUUCGCUGCAUGUUUUAGCGAUCAGGAUUACAACCAAGCGACAGGUGGGAAUAUCGCGAGUGGUUUUUAUUCAUAUUCUGUUGGCGCCGAACGAAAAAGUGGAUAUACUAUCUGUAUUAGAUUGGAAAGUGGCGAGAAAUUAUCCAUAGCUGGAAAACUACGGAAUAAACCCCUCUCCAUCGAAUUCUGUUGAUAUUUCAACAACUUGUUAUCAUAUUUCUCACCGUGAUGGUUCCGGUUCUUCUCGCCUGGUGGUAACUGCAUCAUUUAAAGAUCAUGAGUAAUUGGAGUAUCAAACAACGAUUGCGGGAGGAAAUUUUGGAAGCCGUUGAAAAAGGAGAUACGGAGAAAGUUGAAUACUUGCUUGACAGAGGAGCAGAUGUAAACGAAAGUGAGGGAGGUUAUAUUGCCAAGAAAACUGUUCUGUUAUUAGCAAUAGAGAAAAAUCAUGAACACAUUGCAAAGCUCUUGGUUGAUAAGGGUGCUGAUUUAACCGUCACUGUAACAUUAACUGGUACGAAAAAGACGUUACCCGACAUUGCCAGAGACAAGGGAUUCAAUGACUUGGCUAACCACAUGCAAUAUAAACUUGACAUGAAUGAGAGAUUAACAGCUUCGGUUAAAGACGGUUAUAUCGAUUACGUACAAGACAACAUCAAUCGAGGUGGUGAUGUCAACGUCAUGUAUCGACCUCCUGAAAUAGACCAACCAGAUUGUACACUAUUACAACUAGCUCUCAUAAAAGGUCACGUGGAUAUUGCCAAGAUCUUACUUCAAAAUGGCGUCGAGUUACAUUACGUGAUGAAGUGGGAUGAUCAGUCAGAAGAUACGGCGAAAACCUAUGCAGAAAGAAUGAAUUAUGACGAUAUUGUCAAAUUAAUCGAGGAAAAAUUAAAAGUAUUACCAAACAACAAUUCCAAAGUGGCUAAUGGGAACGGCGUUUCAAAUUAUGAGGAAAUCAACGAAACGAAAGGAAAACACGUUGAAGUAUAUGAUAUAGAAGACGUGGAUGAAUUGCAGGAAAACAACACAGCUCCAGCUAUGCAGGCUCAUCAGAAGAAGAAGAAUGGCAACUGCGUCAUUAGUUGAUAUUGCAAUCAAGCAAAAAAAAAGACUUUGAAUACUGCUUCCAGUAUAAGCGCCUGUUGUCAUGGUGAGAUUGGUACCAAUGACUUGAUCCGUCUACAAGGAGUCCAUCAUCUUCUGAGGAAACACCCACCAAUCCUCCGCAUUCUCCCAAACUAGCUAGGCUGCUUCUUUUUAUGGCUUUACAAACGAGCAUAAAAGGACUCAUGACAGGCCCCAGCAUUUCCCCAUGUUCUGAUCAAGUAUCUAUCUUCAUCUCAAGAGUAUUAAUACCUCCCAAAUCUAAUAUAAUGAUACGAUAAUGUAUUUUUAAGAACAUAACUCAAUGGCUUGUUUUAAAAGAGGGUUUAUCAAUUUCUGCGUUAUUCAAAUUUCGGAAUUGAUAAUCAUUCUUAUGUAGGUCUCAUAAACAAAGUUAAACCAAGCUAAUUAAUCAGCUUUGGAAUGAUACAUCAACUGGUGACGUCACUUAUCUUCGCCUGGAGUUCCGCCAUGAUAAUUUAUGACAAUCAAACAUAGUUGAGAUGUAAUAUAAUCAUUAGGGAAAUUAUCUGGAAAUAAUGCUGCACAUUGUUAUGUAAUUGCACACUAAAAACUGAAAUGUUAAAUGAGCAGUAUUAUUGAAAGGUUGGAGGAGUUACAACCUUUACCAAAGGUUGCAUUGCCCUCUUUAAAUGGUUUGAUCCAUGCAACACUUAGUUGGAUUCAGCUUUAUGCAAUGUUGGAUACAACAUUUUGAAAAAGUUGCCAUUCCUCCGACCUUUCAAUUGCUGAUUUAACAUUGCAGUUUUUAGUGUGUGCUAUUAGAAUAAAUAUUCCCAGCAAGUUAGGAGUAAUAACAGUCGUCGUGUAAAUAAAUAUGUCAGUAAAUUAUGAGAGUCGCAGAUCAAUUAUUGAUAGAUGACAUCUAUAGGUUUCUUGUGUGUUUCAGAAAUUGUGUUGCCAUGGUAACGUGCGAAGUUGUAUAAACAUUUUAUACAUUUUAGAUCGAGUAGGAAUUAAUCUGAAAUUAUUUUAAUCGUAAGGGAACAUCCGAAUUUAGAUUAAGGAGUUUUAUUUAAUACAGUAUUGAUUAUGUAUAUUACAAUAUUUCUAAACUUAUUUUGGAUUCAACCUGAAUUAGAAAUCAAACUUGGCUUGACAUUGAAUAAUAUAUUACCGUUAAGUUUUAGACAGCUAAUUAUGAUAUCAGAAUAAAUAAAGCACCGAAUUCCAGUUCUAUGAUAGCGUGCAAUAUUUUAUUUGAUAUUGAUGACCUCCGUCCUUUUUGUAACAAGUAUAAUAUAGUUUUAUUAUCAUGUAAUGCGUAGUUAUACUUAUAUAUAUUUUGUGAAAUAAAUUUUGUUGAUAAAUAAUAUAUAAAAUGAUAAUAGUGUGUGUAGGCUUAAAAUUUAGCUUAUAAUUAAUUUUAUUUCUAGAUAUAUCCUAUUUUUCAAUCGUGGACAAAUUUCACGAUUUUCCAGCCCAAUUUCACAUUAAUAAUAGCGAAAAACUUUACGAAAGACCCAAAUCAAUAAUGGAAUCUGUGUAGCCCCCUUCCCCCCCAAAAAAAAAAUAGAUGAAAAAAAUUACAGUAACCAAUGCAAUUUUAAGUCGCGCAGCAAGUUGCCAGGAAUUCGAUGCAUUUUCAUUUUGACGGUAAAUUUCUGGCAACUCGCUGCUAAGUUUUUAUACUCUGAUUUACAUUAGGGUCUUUUAAACUGAUUUCACCAUUAAAUUGGGUCUUCCGUAAAGCUUACGCUAUUUUCACAGUAAAAUUCGGCCUGAAAUUGCGGUUUGCCUGUUAAAGUUACGUUUUUUUUAUAGUGAGUAUAAUAUACCUCAGUGAAACUUAUGUUUGAUUUUUGAUAAACAAUAUUAAACAAUAUCUUUGAUGGGCACCGGUCAACAUAUGGACUUACUGCUCUGUCAGAGUAGUAUGGUCACCAAACCUUUAUCAAUUUGCCAAAUUUGCUUGAAGUUUUCAUCUGUCUAUUGCCCCCUGAAAAUAUUCACUCUUUAAAGAGUUAAUUUAUCUAUAAGUGAAAAGAUCCCAUUUUGGAGUGACCUCAUUGAACGCUUCAGUUGGGAAUGAUGAGUAAUCCCUGAGAUCAAUCAAGACAUGCACAUUUCAUUCUAAAUCCACUACCGAUUUAGUCUUUUGUAAUUUACUCAUAAAAGAGAAUGAUAAUUCACUCAUUUCCAGUGAAUACUCUUCAAGGUGGCAUGGCACUUGAUCUAUAGGCGAUUUAUAUGUUUGUGUAUAUGCACUAUAGUAGCUGAAUGUGAAUUUUAAAUCUCAGUUUUAUUACAUGCUCAGUGAACAAAACAUCUCAAAAGUGUCUAUAAUACAAUGAUGGUUUAUGUAUAUAACUUUAUUGUUUGUGGGUGUGCAUUGUAGAAAGUAAUUUAUCAUCACAAAUA